GCUGAGCUUUCCAAAUUGCUUCUUUUGAAGUGGGAACAUAAAAGGAUUACCAAGUUGACACAUCAAAAUAAAGUUUCAUAAUCAAAAGGAGGAAAGGAAAAAAGUUGCUCUACUUAAAAAAAUCAAUGAGCAGUACAUGAGCUCUCAGCCAACUCAACUAUUAAUUUGAAAAGGAUGGGAAUAUAUGAUCCGUUCCAUCAAGUUAGCAUGUGGAGUGACAGCUUCAAAGUUGAUGGCAGCCUGAAUUCAGUUGCUUCCCCAAUGUUAAUGGUGAACACAAAUAUGGAGGAAAGUAAGCCUGAGUUUAUUCCUCAUGAAUCAGGGGAUCCUUCCGGAGAUGAUCAAGAGAUUACUGAUAAAGAAGUCCGUAAGGUGAAUCGACGACUGGCACAAAAUCGUGAGGCUGCACGGAAAAGCCGGCUGCGGAAGAAGGCUUAUGUUCAACAAUUAGAAACAAGCAGAUUGAAGCUCAUGCAAUUGGAGCUGGAGAUAGAGAAAGCAAGAAAACAUGGUCUAUAUGUAGGGAGUGCAUUAGAUGAUGGUUAUACUGGCUCACCGGGAACAAUAACCUCAGGGUUAACGGUGUUUGAGAUUGAAUAUGGACACUGGGUUGAACAACAGCAUCGGCAGAACGAUGAACUCAGAAAUGCAUUGCACACUCAUGCAUCUGAUAUAGAGCUUCAUCUACUUGUUGAGAGCAACUUGAAUCAUUAUGCAAAUCUUUUCCAGAUGAAAGCAGAUAUGGCAAAGAUUGAUGUAUUUUAUUUGAUCUCUGGUGCGUGGAAAGCAUCGGUUGAACGCCUUUUUCUUUGGAUUGGAGGAUCCCGUCCAUCGCACCUUCUAAAUAUCAUAGUGCCACAACUUGAGCCUUUGAGCGAUCAACAAGUCGCCAGUAUUAACAACCUCCGUCUAUCGUCCCAGCAAGCAGAAGAUGCGCUUUCACUGGGGUUGGAGAAACUACAGCAGGGUCUGGUCCACAGCAUAGCAGUUGAUCCAAUGCUUAUAGGAAACUAUGGAUUUCAGAUGGCUGCCGCCCUUGACAAUAUUGAGGCUCUAGAAGGUUUUGUGAGCCAGGCAGAUCACCUCAGGCAACAAACUCUGCUGCACAUGUCUCGAAUCUUGACGACCGGCCAAGCCGCUCGAGGUUUGAUGAUAAUGGGAGAAUACUUACAACGCCUUCGCACUCUUAGCUCUUUAUGGUCAUCUCGUCCUUGAGAUCCUUCCUAGCUAGCCCAAUACUGUAGAAUCACCUAAUAUUGAGAACCUUUUGAACAUCACCUCUAUGAACCUGAUAUUUGGUUUAAUUGAUAGAAUAGUGCCUCAAGUUUUGUUAUAUAG